AUGGCGUCUCGCAAGUCCCUUAUCUAUGAUGCAAAUGCACUGGUGCGGCCAACAAGUCAAGUUCAUUCCAAUCGAGAAGGAAACGGUUUUUCUGACCUGGCCGCUUUCAAUGCUUCGGCUUCGUUCAGUCAUACUUUCCAGACUACUUCAUUCCAACCAGGCAAUGGGACCUAUAGACAAGAGGAAAUUACCCUGUCCUGUGAUGAGCCCAAAAAGUCAAAUGUCUCAUUUAAUCCUAUUCGCACCUUGCGUGCUUUACCUCCUCGAACAAAUCAGUCACUCCGGAACCCUCCGGAGCAGUUAUAUUACUUAUUUGGCUCCAAUACCGAGGAAAUGGGCGGAUCGGCGGAUACGACAGACCUGAAUUCAUCGAAGAAUGUUACAACUCUUAACCCAACGAUUUUGAAUCUUAGGUCUAGUUUUUCAGAGUUGUCAUUUCGUGAUGAAGAAUCUGUUGACAGGUACGAUUCAGGCAGAGAUUACGACGAGAUGAGUGACGCUUAUGAUAAAAUUGAUGACAUGAGAUGGAGAAAAGCAGACUUUUCCCAUCUGUCGGCCAGGCCUAUCUCGAGGGCCGAUUCGGAAGCAACGUAUCUGCUUGAUCUUGAUCAGGAGCAGAAUCCAAUACCUGACGCGAUGAAGGCAAACAAUAUGCGUCACAAUCGCAUCUCUGAACUG